AAGAGAAAAAUCAUAAAUGAAAAACAGUGUUGCUAUUAUUUCGCUGAGAUGAUGAUCGGCUGGGUCGUCGCUGAUUGUGUUCACACUAAAGUAUCGCGAGAAGAAACGUGGGAAGCAGAUUCGUAAACAGGCGUAUGACGGUUUCGUUUUACCGAGAUUAUUAUUCAUCCGGUGCAUGAUUAAAUACGUCGCUGUAUACCGACCGGGCAAACGUGUUACCGACCGAAUGUAAUGUGCGAGCUUUUUCCAAGUUUCGAAAGAAAAUUCCAUCUCCAGUUUUUUUAUUACUCAAUUAGAAAUUAAUACUGUACACAUGUCGCGAAUUUCGGCGACAGAAAUUUUUUAAUACGCUACCGCGUCCAUCCGGAAACAAGUCAAUCAGGUCAGUGGAAAUAAUAAAACUUCUACUAUUCCAAUGAUCACUUCGUAAGCCCGGAUUACGUGUGCAAUCCGCUUCUGUACGUAACUGAAGAACGUCUCUGUUGCUUGAAAUUUGCAUUUUUCGAGUGCACGUACAUCGACUAGGUCGGGGAUUAUACCAGCGAGAGAUUAAAAAAAUACUCGAUAUUAUGAGCCGAAUCAAAUUUUAGUUUGAAAUAAAAUAUCCAGAAUAUUUUAUUUAUACAACGUCGAAACGAAUAUCGCUUGAUUUCUUUGUCCGAUAACCUUACUCUUUAUUAUCAAGACCAAAAAAAUUUUCUCUUCAAUUCGAGGAAAUGAAAUUUUACUAUGAUCUCGGUUCUUCAAAUUUUUCCACGAUUAAGCCAAGAUAACGCUCAGACACUUUACUAUUGCCAAAUAAAACCUCGAAAAAAAUUAUGUGUUCGAUUUUUUUAUUCAAUUUUUUUGAGACCAAAAAAAUAAUAAAACAUCUCGAUGACAUUAUUCGCUAUUAAUUUUCAUUGAUACAUUCCAGUGGACUUGCAAGUACUCUUUAAAUAUUUUCCUUCCCUCAUUUUUUCGAUUACCAAUUACUUUUGGUUUCAUUAUUCAAUUUAAAAUUUAUAUGCUCGUUUCUUUAAAAUAUAUUCGUAUUGAAACGAUGGAAAAAUAAAGUAACGGAUAAAGGUAGUUUGAGCUCCACGAAGAGUUUUUUUAAGUUCGCAAUAUUCACUGUUUUCUCUUCCUGUCGCUGUUCCUCCGAAGCUGAAGAUGGAAAUUCUAUUUAUUUUUAUUUCGUAAAAAACUUGAAGAGUGAAAAAUAUUUUCGUGAGAAUGUGAAGUAUUCGAAUAGUUCCCAGAAAAGCACAGCCAAAAUCGUUGGACCUUCCACAAUAGAUAGCCCGAUUCCGGGCAGAUGAGUGCUUUUCCGAGAAAGUCCUCGAAAUCCGAGCGCAGUUCCAGGAAAACGGUUUGUCGAGAAACAUACUUUUUAUUAUUUUACAGUAGAAUAACGAAGAGUAAAGUUUUUUUACAUUCAAUUUUCAAAUAUUUGACACUAACGAUUUAUUAGCUCAUAACAAAGACUGUUUUUCAAUGAAAAAAAAAUCGAAUGCACAUUCGAGUGAGACGUCAAAGGAUCAAAAGUGCGAUUACGUCAUCGAUGUAUGACAGAGCCCGCGGUUAUCGGAUUGGAAGGAGAAAGGGGUUGGAAUAAGCCCCCGUUACGACAGAAAUUAAAUUCAAGAUUGAACGAAAAUAAGUUCGUCGAUGAACGUUGAAAAAUUGAACGCUCGAGGGGACAAAAUGACAGCCGCGAUUAUAUCAGUAUAAAUUCGGUAACACGAUAAAUAUGGCUAGAAUUCGUUACAGCGGAUUGUAUAGCACUCGCGAACACGUGUUCUGCAACCACGAGUGACCUCGACACCCCUUCCCUUUGGAUUUAACCAGAAGAAAAUAAAAAUGGGAAUCCCCUUCGUGUACAAAGCUGACCGAGGCUCCGACCAAUCUGUUUUACCGAUCGCGUGACAUUGACACCGAUCGAGGUCGUAACACGCGCUUGCCUCUCUGCCCACACGCGACUCUCAUUGUUUUCGAGGACAUCGUGUGACGUGAUACGACCCCAGCCAAGGCCGCAAAUACUGUAUAAGAUGUAAACUUCACAAAAAUAUUGACACGUUGCGCUUACAAAAUUGCUUAAACUAAUUAGUUUCUUUUUCUCUCACGACGCUGAACCUUAUUUCAAUAGUUUUUAUUCUAAAUGCUAGUUAGUACUAUUUUUAUCACGUUUUCUAUUUGUGAACAAGUCAGGUGUGCGAAUGAAGAAAUUGACUGAACUACAAAUUUCCUUAAUUACCAAAUUUUCCAAAAUUUUUUUUCAUUACUGCAAUCGUUUUCUCGCAAAUAGUUCGCCGAGUUGUAGGGGUGAAAGCGUAAAUUGAGUUUUUACAUCGCAGUGUUGCUUGCAUCAAUGUCUCGAUCGAUUCGCGUAAUAUUUACAUUUCAAAUUUUAGAUGUUUUUGGACAAAAUUUCUUCAUUUUAGGGGCAUAUACAAAACAAUAUAAAACAUUCGACUUGAGAAUUUUUUAAAUUAAUUCCAAAGUAUUCGUUGAUGUCAAUAUAUUCAUAAAAUGUGCUCGAACCACUUAACCUCAAAAUUGGAAAAAAAAUUGAAGUUCUAUACGUUCCUCAAAAUAGUGUUCGAACGUCUGCCGAGAGGUUUGGAAUAUUCUGUAACAGACACACUAUUUCCCCGUUAUUUUUCAAAUAAAAAAUAUUAAAAAGUAAAUAAAAAUAAAACAAAAUCAAAUGAAAAAGGUUUAAGAACCCAAUCGUGUCAUUGUUAAUUCGACGUUUGCAAAUUUCAGAAGCAUCGAUCGAACAUUUGUCGUCUCAUCGAGUAUUGCACUUUCGAAAAGAUAUGCAGCUUCGACGAAUUUGGUUCAUUGGCACGUUUGCGGCGUGUUUGAGCACCAAAAUCGCUCGAGCGUCUAGGCGCACAUAAAAAAACAUCGAGUUUCGGUUAAAAAUUUAGCAACCAUAUUCUUAAAGUUUCUUUGCCGAUUCUCAAUAUUCCAAUAUUUUUUCUCCAUCCAAUUUUAGUAGCAAAAUUCAUCGUGGUUUGAUCAGCAACUGCGAGGAAAUUGGCUUUUCAAAGCUUCCAAAGACAUUUGGCCUGCUGAAAUUUUUGCCGGAGCACUAAAAUAUUCACACACGUUCGCCCACCAAUGCGAAAGAUAUUUAUGAAAGUAGUUUGUCAUAUAUAUUUAAAAAAAAACACGGACAUGCUGUAUUAAUCGAGUUCUUAAAAUGGAAAUUCGUGCGUGUGGUAGUGAACGAGUAAAGCUGUUUGUAUGGUUGUACACCUGAAUACACUAUAGCAAGCAGGCGAGGAAUAAGGUUUGUGAAAAAGUGGCUUUAUCGCAUUCGUUCAAUAUUUGCGGGAGUCCCGAGAGGGACCAUAUCUGAUUCCGACGAAUGUCUACCUCGAGUCCCAUCAUUUGGUUCGCGUGUGGCCUGACUCCGCGCGAUUACGUUUCUUUUCCUCAUUCGUGAGCAUUUUUCAACGGUUUUCGCACACUGUUAUUAUUUAUUAUUAUUAUAAAAUCUCAUUCGCAGAGUGAGGAAAAACGAGUGAGUGAAAAAACGAGAAAGUUUGAUUGAAUUCGGUGCUCGUGAUACGGUGGAAAAAAACGGGGGCAAAAUAUUAUGGGGGUUCCCCCACGUUCGUAAUUCAACGCAGUGUUUUCGUUCGUGCCAGAGUGGGGAUUAUAUUUGGUAGAAUGAUCAUUCUGGAAACACUAAAAUCAUGGUUGGUGGCAGUGAUGCCCCCGUCGGAGGAGGAAAGCCAGUGGCUUGUUGGCAGCGGGGGUGGUUCAUUAUCUACUCCCGGCGGUUUACAGAACCCCGGAACCGGAGAACGAUCCGGAGUUGCUAGAGGUGUCCGAUACACCGAAGAAAUGACCACCCAACCGAACGAGGCCACAGCCGCUGCUGGGGUGGGUACGGCAUCGGCCGAUUCGGCCGAGCACGACCUCAUCGAUUCGACUGCCGAUACAACCCUCCUCGCUCAAUUCCACGAAGACGCAAUCAAACAGGCUGGAGUGGGAUACUUUCAACUGCUUGCUGCAUUAUGCGCUGGUCUCAGUCUUGCUGCAGACACGGUUGAAUUUUUUGUAGUGCCGUACAUAUUGCCAAGUGCCGAAGUAGAACUUUGCAUAGAGGACAAUGAGAAAGGAUGGUUGGGAAACAUAACGUUGAUGGGAUUGGCGAUUGGAGGUUUAGGAUGGGGUGGACUUGGUGACAGAUUGGGAAGACGCAGAGCCCUUAUCUCAGCCAUGUCAGUUCACGCUUUAUUCAGCGGCGUUGCGACUUUUAUGCCCACUUAUGGCACAUUUAUGACAGCAAGAUUUUGUUCCGCUAUUGGCGUCGGCGGUACGGUGCCUCUGGCUUAUCCAUACCUUGCUGAAUGUUGUCCCCGUGCUAGCCAAGGACGUUGGACUGGUAUCCUCGUUGGAGCUGCUGCACUUGGUGGCGUUUAUGCUGCACUUUUAGCCUGGGCUGUUGUACCCAGCACAGGUGAAAUGGUCGUUCUGGAAAAUAAAGAACAUUUCAGCGCAUGGCAUCGAUUUUUACUUUUGUGCUGCUUACCUGCUCUUUGCUCUACUGUUGGCCUUAUUUUUCUGCCGGAAAGCCCCAGGUAUCUUGUUGAGGCUGGUCACGAUGUGGAAGCUAUGAUGGUCUAUCAGAGGAUAUACAAGAGAAACAAUGCAAGAAAAGGAGUUGCUGGGGCUCAGUAUCAAUUAUCGGAACUCGAGUUGCCCAGUAAACGACCUCGAGGUUUGGCACCUCCAUCUCCUGCCAAUCAUACGAGUGUACUAGCGGAUAUAAUGUACUCCAUUGAGAUGUUCUGGAACUCAUUUCUAGAGCUCUUCUCGAUGCCUUAUCUCCGGGUAACCGUCGUACUUCUCAUCAUUUGGUGCGCCGUUGCGUUUGGACUUUACGGACUCAUGGUGUGGUGUCCGGAAUAUUUGAAAUUGAUUCGCGCCAAGGAAUACGAGUCUCAAACUGAACAUCUAGUCGAAAAGGAAUACAAGGAUCGAACUUUUACCGGUUCUCUCGAAAAUCGCCAGUACAUAGACUCAAGAUUCUUAAACUGCAAAUUCAACAAGAUGGUUUUUAGCCAUGUGAAUUUCAACAACUGUACCUUCCAAUCCGUAGAUUUUACUAGCAUAAGAUCCAGUAAGACGCACUUCACUGACAGUAUCAUUGUCGACUCCAAAUUCGUUGACACAGAUCUGUCCGCUCAGGUAUUCACGAGAUGCACGCUCAAGAACAAUACCGAAUUGAGCUUAAGUGGUCCUUGUCCGACCCUUGAUCUUGAUUACAAUAUUUAUAUUGAAGAAGCGCUUCAUGGCCACUUGGUCGCUCAACUUGCGUUCGUUCCUGCAGCCGCACUCGCCGGUAUAGCGCUCACAGUUCUUCAGCGGCCAAAAAUGAUCGGUUUGUCACUAUUCUUAUCCUCCGUUGCUGCUCUCUGUCUGAUGCUUGUGAACGUCAACAGUGGAGCAGUUUUGGGCUUCGAAGGUGGAUUCAUUGCGAUAUUUGCAGUCGCAUGGACCUCCCUGACUCUUGUUACUAUCGAGAGCUUCCCCACCCAUUUGAGGUGUACCGGUUUCGGUCUCAUGGCAGCUGGCAUCCGAUUGUCGGGUCUUAUCGGAACAGCGACUUAUCAAACGCUAGUAGGAGCUCCAUUAAUAGCUCCGGCGUUGUUAACAGCCUCGGCUCUUCUCAUAGCGAGUCUCGCAACCUUGAAAUUGCCGCACACGCACACGGUCUUUUUGUAAAUCGAUAGACCACGCAGCUCGGCAAAUUGAAAACUGUUUACCUUCCUCGAUUGUCUAGUUUCGAGAAGACUGGAAGAUAAAAAAUAUAUCCGAGGGAACGGUUCCCGAUGAAACUUGACGAACGAUUGAGUGUAAAAUUCCUGCGGAAAAAUCGUCAGCGUCGUAAGUGAGCCGGGUCAGUUUUGAUGGACGGAUUUUUUAAGCGCUGCUCGUUACGUCGUCGAAUAAUAAAACAGCGUAGUGGACACUAACAAAUGCAGUCGUAAGCGUUAUCGUAGAAAAAUGUGACGUCAUCCGUCCUCUUUUCUCGGAUCUCUUUCUGCUCGUCUUGGAAAAAAUCAACCGUCAAUAUCACCCAUCCGGGGAUCGUUUUGUGGAACCAUGGAAGCAAAACGACACAAAGAAAAGUUGAACUGAGUCAUGGAUAAUUAGGAUUAUUGUGCGAUCGGAGCAAGAAAACUUAUCAUGUGUUUUACAACGGACUUCCGAAAAGUUGUGUGUUUCUGCGAAAUUCACAAUUUCCGAAGUAACUAAACUGAAAUUAUUGUACGUGAGAUAUUACCGUGAUGGAAAAUAAGGGACAAACAAAUUUUUCAACGUUAUCAUUUGAAUUGAUAGAAAAUUAUUUUCUAUUUGAUCAAAUCAAAAUCAAGUUUAUCCUUUAUCAUGAGAAAUUCUUUGUAGAGUUACUACCGAAUUUUUAAUGGCGAAUCACAUGGCGAAAUAAAAAGAAUUUCCUGUUUUUAAAUAGUUUUUAUUUAUAAACUAGAAAAAAAUAGUACAUUUUACUGCGAUCGCCUGUACACAUUCGAAAGUUUUAAUAUAAAUUUUAUCGUACUUGUGAACAUUGAAAAAGAAAUGUCUUGUACACAUUAGACGAGUACGUUUAAAAACGAAUGCAAUUUUUCUACUCGUUCCCACGUUUCCGUGUAAUCACGGUAAUUUUAAUCGUAAAUAUCUCAAAAUUACCUUGGCUAAUUCCUUUCAUAUACAAUACGAAACGUAAAGAACGUAAGUUGAGGAAUUAUUGAAUUUGGAUGAAUUUUUUCGUGAUCGAAGAACAAGAGGUUCAUCCGUUAUUUUUUCCUUUCUUCGGCAGCGAAGCGUUAUGAAUUAUUGGGAAAUACGGAUUGAUUGAACUCUUGAACGAAGGCUUGGAGCUUCUCGGUGUUUGAAUAAACGUUUUAGUGUAUUUUGUUAAACGUGAUGAUAUACAAAUUUUCUUUUUUCGGAAAAAUGCUCCGUCAAUUUCGCUCUUUGGGUAGUCGUUUGUUUCAUUUUGGCCUCUUAAAAUGUACUAAAUUGAUCCUCUUUCUUUGUAUAAGCUCCUUGAAAUUGCUCCACCCGAGAUUCAAGGGUUUAAUGAAAUGUUAAGCUCAGGCAUGUUGUGAAAUAAACAAACUAAACGCACAGGUUGUGUAGCGAAAGUGACUGAUGCUCAUCUGAGCUAAUAUCAAUAAAGCUAGCUUUAAAUCUAUUCAAAAAAUCAUAUCGCUGUUUUGGACCGGUGAUGAUUCGAGUUACGAGUCUUAUCCAACUGACUUUUCCGGAUCUUUGUCUUUGAAAGCUGUUGAAUUUUUGAAGUGGCAAACAAAAAAGACACGUACACACAUAAAACUUUGUAGACUGUGGGCCAAAUCAUCCCUGGACUUAGGUGUUAUAUGGACGUUUUAAUGACUGUCGAAUUUCUCCGAUAGUAGAUCGAACAUUAGGGUGAUGAAAAAUAAAUUUGUUCCAUUGUCUCCGGUUGACGAUGUGCUUCGACUUCAACUGAAAAAAAAAACAAAAUAAUUGUACUGUACUUUUAAUUCGAUACUCGCAAGCUGUACAUUCGUACUUCUGUUGAAUGUUCCCACUGAAUUUCAACAGCUUUGCAUAUCUAAGAAAUUGUUAGUUUCAUCAAAUGAAACGGAAACUGCACGAAUAUGUUUCCCAUAAAAACAAACGAUUCAAGAAAAUCUCGCCAUGUAAGAAAAUAUUAGGACCUUAUUUUUCAUCACUCUACUGAAUACAUAGUUCCUUUAAGUUUUAGGCAUCUUAUUGUAUCGCGAUAAUUAAGGUAGUUGAGGAAUUAAUACUCUGCUUAGCGACUCGUUGUCACGAUUGUGGACACGUUGUUUGCUCAACUGUGAAAUAUUAUCGAUGAAAUUAGGUGUGAAUCGAUCCACUGUGACGUAUUGUGAGACCAAAAAAAAUCCUGUGCUUUGCGCAUCAAAAAGGGCUCCAAGUCAUUAAAGAAUACUCAUUACCCAACGUCAAGUCGUAAGGGGACAGAGUUUUUAAAGGCGCUGAUUUCAAUAUUUUUAUUUUCCUCAAACUCGAGCUUUGGACUUGAAAACUAAAUGGUGUAUCAAUGGCAAUUCUUGUAAUUUAACUUCUACCGGGAAGAAUCAUGCCUCAGUCAUAAUCCCAAUUGCAAUAAUACUCGGGGGAAUACACUUUUAAAAAUUUUUAAUUGAUGGUUUUGGGUGUAAAAUAUAUUUUAAUGAACUGACAAAUUUUCAUUCAAAUCAAUUUGAUCAUUUUUCUUGAUGCAUUGUUUCAUCUAUAAUUAUUUUUGGUGGGUUCGAUUAUCGAUUGAUUUGAAUGAAAAAGUGCAUCGAGGAACGACGACAUCAACAUACAAUCCAUUGUAAUAGGCGUUGUGUAAUUUACUUGCCAGUGUCUCUCUGAAAGCUUAGAGACUGAGUCGCAUGUCGGUAUGAGAGCGAAGAACAAAUGCUGAAUUUUAAUGAGCAAAAUAUUGUUAGGAUACGAACGUAAAAUGCACACGUGUCGUGUCACAUUUAGUGAACAUCUUUUGCAUAUCGAUUCUAUCAACAGAAACCCAAUAAAUAUCCAGAAUAAUGAAAAUUAUUAAUAUUAGGAGAGAAGAAUGCGAACUCUUCUAUAAGAAGAAAAAAAAAACACAAGCGACACAUCACGAUUGACCAAUGCCCGAUAAAUCAAUUGUUUCGAUGGAAAAAUUUGGUGUAAUGUAUCAUCAAAAAGUUUCAAUAUUGGCAUUGUGUCGAUGUUCUAUGUAAAAAAAACGAAUCAUCACACAUAGCUGUUAAUUUACUUGACAUAUCAUGGUUACUAAAAAAAACCGAAAAAAAUGGUAAAAAAGUAAAAAUACAAGUAAACGAAAAAAAGGCGAGAAAAAAAACAUUUUGGCGCUGUAGCCGUAGACUUUCGAUUAUUCAAAUAGAAAGUUCAUUUCAAUAGAUUAUGCGAGACAGCCAACUAGAAAAAAUACGUGUACAAGUCGCGAGAAUUUUUAUUGAAUUAUUUGUCGUUACGAACGAACGUUGCAAGCUAUUCGAAUAGUAAUAAUGUGGCAAAAAAGAAAUAAGCGAAGCGAUUAGAAGAAUGAAAUUGGGGGAUCGUUUGGCAGCAAAUCCAAAACGAUAGAGAAAUUUUUUUUUGCGAGACUUUAUAUAAAUAUAUAAUAAAAGCCAUAGAAAAUAGCGCAUAUAUAUAUAUACAGACACCAUACGUAUAUUAAUCAUAAUUUUAUAAAUUAAUUUUUAAACAUUUCUCGACACCUCGAGUCUAUCUUUUUUAGCCGCAAGUUUUUUCCUCGAUUAGCCGAAAUCGUUGGUAAUGAUUGAACAAAAAACAAGCUUUUGGCCCACUCGACAUUCACUCAUUUUUUCCUGGAAAAUUUGUACUACGAAAAAAAUGGUUUUUCGAAUGUACGAACGAGGAAUAAUUUGGAUAAAGAUUGACGUGAAAUAGACUAAUAUAGUUUCCAUGUAUGUUGAGCGAUUCACGUGAGAGAUACAGAGUGAGAAUGUAAGAGAGAGAGAGAGAGAGAGAGGACAAAGUAAAGAAAUUCGAUUUUUAUCGAAACAAUGUUGAUAUCGAGCUGUAUAUUUCGAACGAUCGCGUUAUCAAGAUUUGCGGACUCUAGUGAACUUAUAAAUACUCGUUAAUAUUCCCACAGUCUCAGUUCCUAUAAUAUCGACUGGAUCAAAUACGAAGGACAAAAAUAAGCAAAUGUAGCUGAAAUAAGAUCAGUAAAACAAACACACACGCAAACGUUAAAUAAUGAGAGUCCAUGUGGAUUCGACCGACAUGUAUAUGCUUGCAACAGUUAAAUUUCAAUUAGUUUGAUAAAUAAUUUAUCAAAUUUGCAAUUAAAAUAAUAUUAAUCCCGGCUUCGUUAGGAAAACAAUGACAUCGUGAUUGCGUUCAUUGUUUUUAUUUUUUUUUUCUUUUUCAAUACAUGCACUCAAUUAUGCGUCUCGACUCAAUUCACUUUCAUUGCAAAUUAUCGAACGGAUCAAUGAAAAAAUAAUUUCAACAUGAAUACAAUAAUGAUAAUUUUUCGAUUGAGAUUGCACGAAAUUCGAUAAAAAAAAAAAAACGUAAAUUAAACACAAAUAUUAAAUAAAAAUACUCUCGAUCGAGGCUGAAAAGACAUCACGAAAAACACAAUUUAUUGGAGAUGUAACACGAAACGGCAAAAUGAAAAUGAAUCAUGAGAUUCCUUCUGCGUGUAAAGGAUUUUAGAAACGCAAUUGAAUUUCAGCUAGUUAUAUAUAUAAUUAGAUUAUCACAAUCACGUACACCCAUAUAAUGAAUAUAUGUAUAUAUGUGAUACACAUAUAAAUAUGUACGACACAUAUAUGAAUGUAUGUGAUAUAUAUAUAGAUUUAUCACGUAUGUAUAAAUGAUACAUACCCCAGAAAUAUUACAGUGCGGUUGGAAACUUUUUUUCUCCCUCCGCGUUCUCGUAAACGUUUCUAUAUUUGAUCUCAUGUCAAUUCUCGGUUGUAAGAUAGAUACGUGUGCGAGAGAGAGAGAGAAAGAGAGAGAGUGAUAACAGAUGGUGAAAAAUGAUGAGAAUACAAGAACAAGAAAAAUAUUUGAAAAAACAAUCAUUCGAAAAAGUAAAAAAAAAAAAAGAAAUGAUAAAUAACGAAUCCUCGAAAUGCGUGGUUCCGAGAGUUGUACAAAAAUGUUUUUUGGAAGGUGGAAUAAAGUUAAAUUUAACGAUG